AUGACCUUGAUCCAACUUCAAGAAUGUACCUCAAAAAUAUGCUGCCAGAUCCCACCACCGUCUGGCCUAUCCAAGCCAUCUAAUGCCAAACAAGAGAUCAAACAGGACCCUGGGCUGGUGUACCAGGAACUGUACGACUCUGUUCUCUGGCUGCCCAUAAACAUCCUCAAUGUGACCUUGGAUGUCUGGUCCCACCUUUCCGGAAAGCCAAAGAUGCCCUCGUGGAAUCUCCAGACGACCGCAAGAGUGGGUCUCAUCCAGGCCCUCAGAGACCAGUCGUGCCAAAAGAGUAUCGGAUUCUGGAGAAUGGUCUUAAACCACUUGCCGGCCUUUCUUUGCCUUAUUCCGUCUUAUCGGCCGACAAUCCAAGACGGCUCAUUUUACUGCGCCAAACAAAAUUUGCCUGGCAUACUGAGCGAAAUUGACCAGGAAGACGAAGCUGGAACACGGAUCAUGAGUGCUGAGUGGGUAUCUACCGAGAACGAGGACUAUGAUAGGAAGACGAAAAAGAAGAAUAAGAACAAAAAGAAGGAUGAGGAAGAAGAGGAUACAUUAACCAAAAAGACAAAACGGCUCUUUUGGUCCAUCGUCUCGUUCUCUUUGCCCUCUUUAAGCCAGAGAUUAGACACUAGGCCAACCAGAACUCAAGCCAGACCAGACGAGAAGAUCAUUCUUUAUAUACAUGGCGGAGGAUUCUACAGCAUGAGUGCCCAGACACAUCGCAGCGUUACCUGUGCACUAAGUAAGGUAACCAAACGAAGAGUAUUUGCUGUCAAUUACCGGCUUUCACCCGAGAACCGCUUUCCAGCAGCACUGUGCGACGUUGUACAGUCGUAUUUGAACUUAAUAAAUGGAUCUAGUCAAGGCAGCUUUGAUCCGAAAAACAUUUUUGUUGCUGGAGAUUCUACAGGAGCCGGUCUUUGUUUAGCAAUGAUGCUUUAUUUACGUGAUCAUGGCGUACCAUGUCCAGAAGGUGCUAUAUUACUUUCACCGUGCGUUGACCUUACCUACAGACACUCUGUCUGGAAUGAGACUGUUGUGAAUAAUGUAUUCGUACCUCGGUCAGAGAUUCCAGGAACCUUGAAUCCAGCCAUACACUACCUUGGACCUGACGAUCUGCACAGAUUUGGCCGACAUCCUUAUGUGUCACCACUUUAUGCGGAUCACUUUGAACAUUUACCCCCUCUGUUGAUACAGUCAGGCGCAGUAGAAUCACUCCAGACCGAAAUCACUGAACUCGUCUAUAGACUAAAGACUGCAAAGACGACUCGAAUACAACACGAAGUAUACGAGGAUAUGCUUCAUGUGUUCCAAUCAUAUUCAUUUCAACAAUCACCCAGUGGGAUGGAAAGUAUUGGAUGGUGGGUCAAUACAGGAAUUCCAUUAUUAGACAAGUGGCAGAGUAGCAGAGUAACCAGAAGAAAUUAA